AUGUAUAAUUACGUUCAUAUUGACGAAAAGUGGUUCUACAUGACCAAGGAGUCUCAAAAGUAUUAUCUUCUCCCAGAAGAAGAUGAACCUUUGCGCAGUUGUAAGAGUAAAUGUUUUAUUACCAAGGUCAUGUUUUUAGCAGUGGUUGCUCGUCCUAGGUAUGAUUCUGCUAACAAUGAAGAAUUUUCUGGAAAGAUAGGAAUUUUUCCUUUCACUUUCCAAGAGCCUGCACAACGCAAUAGUAAGAAUCGUACUGCUGGUACUAUGGAAACAAAAGAAAUUUUGUCUGUUACCAAAGAUGUCAUUCGUUCGUGUCUGAUCAACAAGGUUUUUCCAGCAAUGCGAAGCAAAUGGCCACGCAGUAGCAACAUGGAUCCUAUAUUUAUUCAACAGGACAAUGCCAGACCACACAUAAACCCAAAUGAUCAAGAGUUUCUUGAAGAUGCUUCCAAAGAUGGAUUCGAUAUUCGCUUGUCUUUCCAACCACCAAACAGUCCAGAUUUUAAUGUUUUAGAUCUUGGUUAUUUUCGGGCAAUUCAAUCACUACAGUAUCGGUGUGCGCCCAGCACAAUUGAUGAAUUAGUUCAACCUGUGCAAGAGUCUUUUGAAAAUUUAUCUUCUGAAAACCUUAAUUACGUUUUCCUGACAUUUCAAGGUUGCAUGAUAGAAAGUAUGAAACAGUUGGGAGGAAAUAAUUAUAAGGUGCCGCAUAUAGCGAAAGACAGAUUGGCGAGAAAUGGAAAGGAUGAAAUUAUCCCAACGCCGACGUCGAAUCAGAGAAUCGGAGUAACCACAAAAAAGGAGCCAUCACCACCGUCAUCAUCGGUGAAUUCACCAGAAAUGGAGAGCAACAUUCAUAUAGGUCCAACCAGUGCACAAUCCUCCACAACUGAGAACGAAAUGUAA